UCUGUUUCUCCUCGCUAAGGGGAGCAGGGUGAAGUCAUUUUACUUCCAAUUUCCCUGUCGUCUGUGAAGAACAGUGCUUACACUUCUGCUCCCUGAAGAAGUGUAAACUCUCAUUACAUUCUCUCAACUUGAGUACAGCAAAAAUGGUGAAAAAGGCAUGGAAAAUAAUCCCACGGCCCCUCCUCGAAACCGUCCUCAACAACCACGCUCAACACCACCGUGUCCCUCAACCCCUUAUUCUUCACGGCCCUCGUGGCGUCGGCAAAACCACUCUAAUCCUCGAGCGUCUUAUGGGUAAAUGGAACAGUGGCCCUCAUGUAACAGGCUACGUGGACUUUGCAGAAUCCGUAAAAGAUCAUCACCCAACUCACGGCCAAUCAUUUCCCUGGGCUUCUUGGUCCAAUUGCCCCCCUCCUUUACUGCCCUCUCUUACAACUCAACUCGAAUGUUGCCUCGAAUCGAUGGCCCAAAAGGGCAUUAAGCUUGGAACUAUAAGCUCUCAUCAGAUUUUCACUGUUUUAAGUAAAUGGCAUGGACUUAAUACAGCCCUUAAACAGAUCCUAAAUGGUAAUGUUUCUAACUCCAGGAAGGCUGUUUCUAUUAGGAAUAGUUCGGUGUUGAAUUUAUGGGAAAGGGCAGUUUUUGCGUCAAGUGUUCGAUUAAAUGCCCAAGAGAGCUGUGGGUUGAGUUUGGAGGAAGAGACAUAUUAUAAGGAAGCAAUGGCGGCUUUGAAUUUGGCUAAAGAGGUUAUAAGUGUGCAGCAAAAGUGGAGAGCUAAUGCGAUCAAGCAUUUGAAUCGGACUGGUGGAUUUUCGAGGUCUUUGGUCAAUUCAGCCACGGAUUGGCCCUGUUUGUUAUUAGAACUCCUUUCAUCUGCCGCUGAAAUAGAUUAUUUUCAGCCGAAGCUGGUGAUAAACAAUAUUGAAGUCCUAAAGAAUGCAAUACUGAAAGAUGAUUCUACUGUCUGUGGGUCCAUGUAUCACGAUAGUCUGAUAUGGAGAAUGAUAGCCUUGGGUGCAAAUGAGAGAUGUCUUCCAGUUAUUCUUGUCACAUCUGAUAGCUACUACUCAUAUCGUGCCUAUAUGGAUUUUGGAUUUCCGGACAUUUUCAUCUCACGUGAGACAUUUGGGUGGACUCCUGCAGAAGCUAAAAUGCAUAUGGUUGAUGACUAUUUUAGUCAGUCAGAGUGGAAUGUGAUUGUUGAGGUGCUAGGGCCGAAUCCGAGACAUCUAUUUGAGGUUUAUGCACUCAAGCUAAGUAAUUACUACCAGAAGGUCAUGAGUGAGAAGAGCAGUAAAUUUGAGGAUAUCGUGGAUGCAUACUUGGCAUAUCUUCAAGUAACCGUAGUUAAUCCUGCCAUGGAUAGAGCAUUGUCACUUCUACAGAAGUUUGCAGUUGAUGCACGAAGUAGAAGAAUUUUGAAGGACAAGCUAUGUUUUGGUGCUCCCUGGAGACACCCUCCAUCUUCUAAUGAUCCUGUAUUGUGUCGUCAGUGGGCUAAAAUUCAACUUAUGGACUUUGUUCAGUCUCUCGUGAAAGCAGAAUUUGGGGUAAACUAUCUAGCUGAUUGUAGUCUUGAAAUCUUUGAUGAUCCCUCUGCUAUUGCAUUAAUAGAGGUCGGUCUGCUGUAUUCACAACGGGAUCCAUCAUUCAUUCGUCCUGUUUCUCGGGGUAUUCAGAGAUGCCUUGUUAGGUGGCUUGUUCAACAGCGAAUGGAGCUGAACUUGAAGAAUUCACUCCAGCAUCUUUGGCAGCGAGCCAUUCGGGGGCGCAGCUAUCGCCAUCUGAUGUUAGAAGUAGGAUACAAGUAGCUCAUCAAGGGCUAUGGUGAAUUAAUAACUGUUGGUCAAGCAUUUUGAUGGAUAUAUCUUUAUUUAAGGUGGGUCAAGCUCAUGCUUACAAUGGUGAAGUUGUCCUUUCAUCAUUAAAAAAAUUUGUAACUGCUUAUUUAUAAAACAAGUUUCAGCACUUAAAAGCCACUUUUUUUAAGUCUAUCCAAACGGGCUCUAUAUUCAUUGAGCUAGAGUUACAUGUGCAGUGCACUGUUGGUUGGAGCUGUUACAUUUUCUCGGUGCAAUGUUGUUCGCAUUCAUAUCCAUGAUCCUUUGACCUCGCCCCAUCUUUGGUUGAAUGUAGCAUCUCCACUAUAGAUUUGGAAUGGUGAAGAAUACACCUAGAGAUAUCCGGAGCUAUUGUACAUUUUUGAAGUCACUCGUGGGUGCUUUUCUUAUUGGAGCGGGUUGUCUCCCUUCAGUACUUGAAGCGGCUUCAUUUAUUUCUUUUAUUUUCUCCUCUCAAUUGGUAUGGGAUAUUCUAUUAUUUCAUUUUUGGGUGUUGUGUGGAAAAAGGGAGAGAGAGAGACUGUUGCCUUGAAGAUCAGCCUGCAACGAAUCGCUUACACGGGCAUCCAUGAAUAGUGUUCACCAUUGAUUUAUGAAAGCCAUAUAUACCUAGACUCUAACAACAUUUCUCCAACCCGCGGAGGCUCAUUUUGUUUUGGUGCUUCCACAACUAAUGGCUUCACAAAUACUAUUAGGAAGGACUGCAUUUAUACAUGUAGGGGCAGAAAGUUGAGAUUUAUUGUUGUAGAACAUCUAAUGUUCUGAAUCUGCUGGGGAAAAAGCAAUUUUGGGAACGUUGUUUUCCUUAUAAUAUUUCGCUUAAGGGUGCUCGUUAGUUCUUUUAUAUAUCUUUGAAUAUUUUGAGAAAGUUAUAAAGUUGAUAGGUAAGCUAGCCAGAUGAUUUUGUAAGCAAUGCGUUGUCCUUUCUUUUGGUCUGAUAUAAUUCUUUCUUAUU